AAACAAAGGAAAAAAAGGCAUUUUUAAAAAUAAAAGGGGCAUUUUUUAACUAUACAUAAACUAUAGAGGGGAAUAUGAAUAUUUCAAUUUUAUUUAUGUUUCUUCCUUCCCAAAGAAUGCAGAUCUCCUUGUUCUUCAAGAAUCCUCUGUUCUUCAACAGGUUUUCAUUCUUCUUCCUCCCCAAGAAUCCUCUGUUCGAAAUUGCAGAAAUUGAUCUUGAAAAAGUUCCAACGUAUACAAAGUUCCAAUCUUUCACGCGUGUAGGCCACCACGCGUUGCCACAUCCACGCGUGAAAGCGACCACGUGUUGCCACAUCCACGCAUGGUGAAUGGCAGCCGCGGUGGCGUUUCACGCCAUUCAACGAGUGACCAACUCUAAUCUUGUAUGCUAUAUAAACCCAUAUCCACAUGGUUCUAUCUCCAGCCAGUUCCUACAACUCACCACUCUAACUUCCAUGGAUCACUUAACUCAAUCUCAACCCGAUUUCCAUACCUUUUUGCGCGAUUGGAUGAUCGGCUUAGAGCAUUACCUUCACCAGCUUCUCCACCAUCUUGAGUUCUUGGAUCAACAAGACGAACCCAAACUCAAGCAACUCAUUCACCAAGUAAUGACUCACUAUCAUGAAUACUUCCUUGCAAUGGCGCGAGUUUAUCACCAAAAUGUCUUUCUAGCUCUCUCACCACCUUGGUUCAGCUCAUACGAGCGAACAUUCCUAUGGCUAGCUGGCUUCAGGCCCGGUCUUGCCAUUCGUGUGGUGAAAAGUUGUGGGCUCGAGUUUACCUCAGAUCAAGCAGAAAUGUUGGAUAGGUUGAGUGUUGAGACUAAAGAUGGAGAAAAGAUGAUUACAGACAGGCUAGCAAGGUUGGAGCGGCAAGUGGUGGCGCCACCAAUGCUCGCGCUAACGAGAAUGGUGGGAAAGGAGGUGAACGGGAUGGUUAAUCAAGCGGACACCGCGGUGGAUAGGUUGGCGGAAGAUAUGGAAGUUUUGGUUGAAUGUGCGGAUUAUUUGAGGGGGAAGACCGUGGCUAAGGUGAUGGGAAUACUUACGACGACUCAAACGGUGAGGUUCUUGGCCGCUAUGGCGCAACUUCAGCUGAGGAUUCGGCAAUGGGGGCAGCUGAGGGAGGCCGAGGCACGUGGAGACGCUAAUCUUAAUCUUCCCUUACGAGAGGCGUUAAUCGGUUGAUCUACCAUUUUUUCAGUAUGAUGAUGUUGUGUCUACUUUGUCUUGUUUUUGUGUCUUGAAAAGAGAAACAUGAAUCUACAACAGUGGCAAGUUCUUGUU